GGUCUCGGGCCCUCAGGCGGAGCGGCGGGCGCCGGACCCCCAGGUGGAGCGACAGGUCUCGGGCCCCUCAGGCGGAGCGGCGGGCGCCGGACCCCCAGGCGGCAGCGACAGGUCUCCGGGCCCUCAGGCGGAGCGCGGGCGCCGGUAACCCCCAGGUGGAGCGACAGGUCCCUCGGGCCCUCAGGGCGGAGCGGCGGGCGCCUGGACCCCCAGGUGGAGCGACAGGUCCUCGGGCCCUCAGCGGAGCGGCGGCACCGAGUCACCAGGCACGACCAGUGGGCUCCGAGUCAACUGUAUGACCGCAGGCACUGGGUAGACAUUGUAUGGUCUGGCUGACAGCGGGCAUCGGGGGCAUUCAGGUUCAUUUGGCUCGACAGCGGGCACCGCGUCA